CAGAGGCUGAAUUCGGUAGCUGGGAGCUGGCAAUAUCGGCAUUAUUUCUACCGUCGUAGCAAAGACGGAGACAAUAUACUGGAUAUUUAGCCAGUAACAAGUAACACACAUUUCUAAUGCCAACGCAUGUUUGGAUAUGAAUUAAAAAGCUAUCCAGACAGCUAGCAAGCUAAAGAAGCGGCUCCGCCUUUUAUUGACAGACAGACCGGUUGGGCUAACAUGGAGACGUCGGGGAGAAUAACAACCACGCCAGAUGCCCACGACUUCACAGUGGAAAACGUGGAAAAGGCACUCCACCAGUUGUACUAUGACCCUAACAUAGAGAAUAAGAACCUGGCCCAGAAGUGGCUGAUGCAGGCUCAGGUCUCCCCUCAGGCCUGGCAGUUCUGCUGGGCCCUGCUCUGCCCUGACAAGGUUCCUGAGAUCCAGUACUUUGGGGCUAGUGCCCUCCACACUAAGAUAUCACGCUACUGGUCUGAUAUCCCCUCUGACCAGUAUGAGACCCUAAAGACUCAACUCUUCUCCCAGAUCGCCUGCUUCUCCUCCGGGUCCAAGAUGGUGCUGACGCGUCUAUGUGUGGCGCUGGCCUCCCUGGCCCUGAACACCAUGCCAGAGGCGUGGCCAGGCGCCGUGCCAGAGAUGGUACGUGUGUUCCAGGAGGAGGGAGGGGGGGUGGACGGCCGGGCAAGGUGUCUGGCCCUGCUGGAGCUACUGACCGUCCUGCCUGAAGAGUUCCAGACCAGCCGCCUGCCACAGUACCGCAAGGGACAGGUGCGAGGUGCAUUGGGUCGUGAAUGGGGGUCAGUGUGUCCACUCCUCCAGCAGCUGCUGCGUCGAGGGGACAGUCCCGGGGCAGUGAAGGCUCGUGUCCUGCGCUGUCUGUCCUCCUGGGUGCUGCUGGACGUCCCUCUCAGUGAGAGUGAAGGACUGGUGGAGGACUGUUUCACUGCUCUACCAGACCCCGAGCUGUUUGAUACUGCCGUGGAGGCUAUUGUCAACGCCAUAUCACAACCCGACUCCCAGAGGUAUGUGAACACCCUGCUGAAGCUGGUUCCCCAGGUCUUGUCCCUGCAGGAGCAGCUGAGAGAGGCCAUCCAGAACGGAGACAUGGAGACAUCACACGGAAUCUGUCGCAUUGCUGUCGCACUGGGCGAGAACCACUCCAGAGCUCUUUUGGAGCAGGUAGAGCACUGGCAGGGUUUUCUGGCUUUGGUCAACAUGAUCAUGUUCUGUACUGGGAUACCAGGACACUACCCAGUCAACGAGACAACCAGCUCCCUCACACUCACUUUCUGGUACACACUACAGGACGACAUCAUGUCGUUUGACCCUGAGAGACAGGCGGUGUAUCUGCAGGUUUAUAGACCAGUGUAUUUCCAGCUGGUGGAUGUUCUGCUGCAUAAAGCCCAGUUCCCCUCUGACCAGGAGUAUGCAUCAUGGUCCUCAGAUGAGAAGGAACAGUUCAGAAUCUACAGGGUGGAUAUCUCCGACACUCUGAUGUAUGUGUAUGAGAUGCUAGGAGCUGAGCUGCUCAGUAACCUGUAUGAGAAACUAGGACGAAUACUGACCAACACAGAACAAGCCUCGUCAUGGCAGCAUACAGAAGCGUUGUUAUAUGGGUUCCAGUCGAUAGCGGAGACAAUAGAUGUCAACUACUCUGAUGUCAUCCCAGGCCUGAUUGGACUCAUCCCCAGAAUUAGCAUCAACAACAUCCAACUGGCCGACACCGUUAUGUUCACUAUAGGAGCUCUAGCAGAGUGGUUGGCAGACCACCCGGUUAUGUUGAGUAGUGUUUUACCUCUGGUACUCCAGGCCUUGGGGAACCCAGACCUCUCCGUCUCCUCUGUCUCCACACUCAAGAAGAUCUGCAGAGAAUGCAAAUUCGACCUGCCGCCCUACGCUACAAAUAUAGUGGCUGUAUCACAGGAGGUGCUGAUCAAGCAGAUUCACAAGACCAGUCAGUGUAUGUGGCUGAUGCAGGCCUUGGGCUUCCUGCUGUCUGCUCUGCCUGUGGAGGAGAUACUAAGGAACCUGCACUCCCUCAUUACACCCUACAUACAGCAACUUGAGAAACUAGCGGAUGAGACGCCCAACCCGUCCAAUAAACUAGCGAUAAUCCACAUCCUGGGUCUGUUAUCUAAUCUCUUCACUACGCUGGACAUCAGCAAGCAGGAAGACGAAUCAGGAGAGGGCACAGCGCCACCUGUCAAAACAGCCCCGCCACCACCAGGACCUAACCCGGUGGUGGUGGUCCUACAGCAGGUCUUUGCUCUCAUUCAGACGGUCCUCAGCAAGUGGCUCAAUGACUCUCAGGUGGUGGAGGCCGUGUGUGCUAUCUUUGAGAAGUCGGUGAGGACUCUCCUCCAUGACUUUGCCCCCAUGGUGUCUCAGCUCAGUGAGAUGCUAGGACAGAUGUACAGUACCAUACCACAAGCUUCAGCACUGGACCUCACACGACAGAUGGUCCAUAUAUUUGCCAGUGAGACGGACAACUUCCCUCCCAUCAAGGCUCUAUUUGAGCUGGUUACCUCGGUAACACUCUCCAUCUUCCAGCAAGGACCCAGGGAUCAUCCUGAUAUUGUUGAUUCAUUUAUGCAACUCCAAGCUCAGGCCCUCAAACGGAAGCCAGAUCUCUUCUUGUCUGAGAGUCUUGACGUGAAAGCUGUGUUCCAUUGUGGAGUACUGUCACUCAAAUUCCCAGAGGCUCCAACAGUGAAGUCUACCUGCUUGUUCUUUACUGAGUUGUUGCCCCGUUGCUCAGAUGUGCCCCCAGUGGCCAGAGUGGUGCAGGAGGAUGGAAAACUACUGCUGCAGGCUGUACUAGAGGCAAUCGGGGGAGGUUCAUCUCGUAGUCUGAUGGACCAGUUUGCUGAGGUGCUGUUCAGUCUCAAUAAGCACUGUUUCCCUCUUCUCACUGUGUGGCUGAAAGAGGCGCUGCAGGCAGCAGGCUUCCCCUCCACUAGGGUCACCACAGAACAGAAGGACACCUUCACCCAACAGAUACUCAGAGAGCGAGUCAAUAAGCGGAGGGUGAAGGACAUAGUAAAGGAGUUUACACUAGUCUGCAGAGGGCUUCACGGGACCGAGUACGCCGCUGAAUACUGACCCUGACCUUGCCACGACUUCCCCAGGCUGGAUGCCACGGUACCACAGUACCCACAAACCCCUCAACACUGGAGUUUUCCUUGGACGAUUGAAACUAGACCCUCCCCCUAGAACAGAAAACAGCUCCCCAUACAGGCCAACCAUUGGACAAAUGGUGCUCUAUCACACCACUCAACGGUCUGACGAAGGCUGCUGUCCUUCUUUCCUCUCUUUCCCCCUGUCUCUCUUUCUCUCCUUCCCUUUUGUGACUUCAACUCCCAGCAUGCCCUCUCUUCACCCUCUUUCUCUCCUUUCUCUCUCUGUUGUUGCAUUGGGAUCAUCUGUGGCUCAGAGGCUGUUUCCCUGCUGUUUCCUGGUUGUUUAGCAUCUGAGAUGAUAGUGGUACUGUACCUGCUGUCCGUAGCUAGCUAGUUUACCUUUGUAUCUUUGGAAAGAACUAAAUAAAUAUACAUUACCAAUCAAAGGUUUGGACACACCUACUCAUUCAAGGUUUUCUUUAUUUUUACUAUUUUCUGCAUUGUAGAUUAAUAAUGAAGACAUCAAAACUAUGAAAUA